AUGUCGCAGACUGCUGGGCUACGAAAGCGCAAGAAAGAUGCCUCUCCUUCAGAGAGCUCGUCUGCGCAGCAUCAGGAUGCGCGCAGAACGGAUACCCAUGGCAGCGCCAAACUCAUGUAUACCCUCGCGUUCAUUGGAAUAGGGUUAUUGUCGUACUUUAAUUUUUCGAUCAUUUAUGACUCUGCAAAACUCGUUCUGGAUGAGUGGAUAGGCUCGUCUGACCACUGGGACGCCACGCCUAGCUCCGAUGAUUUUGUUCAGUUCCAAGUUGAUGAGGACAAGCGUCAGGCAGUCGUUAAUGCAUUUAGACACGCUUGGUCGGCAUACGAACGAGACGCAAUGGGCGACGAUGAAUACCACCCCAUAAGCAUGAAGGGUACCAACCUCACUGCUGCAGGUGGUAUCGGUUACACUGUCAUUGAUUCUCUGGAUACCAUGCUUAUAAUGGGGUUGACCGAUGAAUAUUCUCGUGCCCGUCGCUGGGUCGACACCAAGCUAUCCUUCGAUCGUGAUGCAAAUUUCAAUACGUUCGAAACCACCAUUCGCGUCUUGGGCGGCCUUCUCUCCGCAUUUCACCUCUCAUCCUAUCUUCCCCACUCAUCGCCUUCUUGGCGCAGCCUAGCACCCACGUUCCCUCAUCCCGAUCGUCUCUACCUCGACAAAGCUAUCGAACUAGCUAACCUCAUGCUACCUGUUUUCGACACUCCUUCUGGUCUCCCGACAUCCCAAAUCAACCUUGCUCAGCAGCGUGGCGCCCCGAAUACCGAGUUCCCCGAUUUAAUCAGCACGGCUGAGGCUGGAACACUCCAACUAGAGUUCAGGCAGCUAAGCGAAAUCACGGGAGAUGAUAUAUAUUGGAAGAGAGCCGAGAAGGUCAUGUCAGUCAUUAAGACUGCGCGAUUGCCCCAUGGCCUCGCAUCGAUCUUCAUGAGCCAAGAUGCGGGUCAAUUCGUCACCUCUGCGAUCCGCCUUGGUUCUCGAGGAGACUCGUUCUAUGAAUAUCUUCUUAAACAGUAUCUACAGACCAAUCGAACUGAGCUCGUAUACCGUGAUAUGUAUGACGAUUCCAUGCAAGCAAUUCACAAUCACCUUGUCCAAAAGAGUUACAAAACCGGUCUUCUUUACACCUCCGAACUUAUUCCUGAACAAAACCAUGAAGGCGAAGUUUCCUGGCGUCUGACACCGAAACAAGAUCACCUUGUCUGUUUCCUUGGUGGUUCCCUUAUGCUGGGAGCCACCACCACCGGUGCCCUGGUCCAGCCAGUGUCGAUUCCUCCGAAGCCGGACGAAUUGACACUGACGGGUUGGAGAGAUUGGAAAACCGGAGUUGAGCUUAUCAAGACUUGUAUGCGCACUCACGAUACCGCUACUGGGCUGGCUCCCGAAAUGGUGCAUUUCCGCAUCCCCAGUGAUGGAAUGGACGGUCAAGAGUUUGCACCGGAGGAUUGGUACAUCAAAGGUGCUCGACCCGGAGAGGAGGCGGCAUUCGAUGCGCGUUAUAUCCUACGCCCGGAAACUGUUGAAUCACUGUUCAUAGCAUAUCGCCUCACUGGGGACCCGCGCUACCGCGACUCCGCUUGGUCUAUCUUCCAAGCGAUAGAUAAACACUGCAAAGUCGACACCGGCGGUUACGCGAGCAUCAUGAAUGUGGAUGAGUUGAACUCGCGGCAGGAAGAUAAGAUGGAGACGUUCUUCCUGAGCGAGACGUUGAAGUAUCUAUAUUUGAUAUUCUCCGAUGAUAGUAUUCUGCCGCUCGACAAAUAUGUCUUCAACACCGAGGCUCACCCUUUACCCAUCUUCAAUCCCACAAUCCCAACGGGAUUCUCCUGA